GCACUGGUUAUUAAGCCAGUUGCCCAUUUCCAUGUCUGGCUUGCCUGUUUGGGUAAAGACAACUUUGGAGAGUUUCCUUUUUGCUUUAGGUGUACUACGUCCUGUUUAGGGGAAGGGAAGUUCGCUGAAUGACUAAUCUUGUUUACAAGAAGGAGAUUGGGAAGCGGAUCUCAGAGGGGCUCAUUCCUGGGCAUGGCCUUCGUGAGACCCUGCAGGUGGUCCACUUUAAGAAUCCAGCUAUCCAUCACCAAGAAGAAAUCUAUUAGUUUUAGACCGGGGAAUUCCUUUACCUAAAAAAUUAGAAUGAAAGAACCUUUGGAUGGUGAAUGUGGCAAAGCAAUGGCACCGCAGCGGGGGCUUCUGGACAAAAUUAAAGAAGAACCUGACAAUGCUCAAGCAGUGUCAUUCCAGAACAGGGAUGUCAAGUAGAUGUUGUUUUGUUCAUCCACUCCACGCCUUCCUAAAAUGCUGUGCUGCGAAGGGUUCUGAGGAAUAUGUACAUGCUUCAAAGCCGAAAACUCAAGAAAGUGAACUGAAAAUUAGUGCUGUCUUUUCAGUCAGUGACAGUCCUCUUGCCCAACAGUUGACCCCAGGCUUUCAGCUCUCUCUUGCAUCAUCUGGCCCAAAUAUAUCGCUUCCUUCAGUUCCAGCCGUAGCUAUUCAGGUUUUUUGUUCUGGUUGCAAAAAAAUGCUUUAUAAGGGGCAAACUGCAUUUCAUAAGACAGGAUCUACUCAGCUCUUUUGCUCCACAAGGUGCAUCAUCGGAUAUUCUUCACCUGUCUGCCUACCACCUCCUCCCAAGAAAACCUGUGCAAACUGCUCAAAAGACAUUUUAAAUCCAAAGGAUGUGAUCACAACCCGAUUUGAAAAUUCCUCUCCUAGCAAGGAUUUCUGCAGCCAAUCAUGCCUUUCUUCUUAUGAGCUAAAGAAAAAACCUGUUGUUACCAUAUAUACCAAUAGCAUUUCAACUAGGUGCAGUAUGUGUCAGAAGAAUGCUGAUAUUCGAUUUGAAGUUAAAUAUCAAAAUGUGGUACAUGGUCUUUGUAGUGAUGCCUGUUUUUCAAAAUUUCAUUCUACCAACAACCUUACCAUGAACUGUUGUGAGAACUGUGGAAGCUAUUGCUAUAGUAGCUCUGGUCCUUGCCAGUCCCAGAAGGUUUUUAGUUCAACAAGUAUCACAGCAUAUAAACAGAAUUCAGCCCAAACUCCUCCAUAUGCCUUGGGGAAAUCGUUGAGGCCCUCAGCUGAAAUGAUUGAGACUACGAACGACUCAGGAAAAACAGAGCUUUUCUGCUCUAUUAAUUGCUUAUCUGCUUACAGAGUUAAGACAGUUAUUUCUUCAGGUGUCCAGGUUUUGUGUCAUAGUUGCAAAACCUCAGCAGUCCCUCAGUAUCACCUAGCCAUGUCCAAUGGAACUAUAUACAGCUUCUGCAGCUCCAGUUGUGUGGUGGCUUUCCAGAAUGUAUUUAACAAGCCAAAAGGAACAAACUCUUCAGCAGUGCCCUUGUCUCAGGGCCAAGUGGUUGUAAGUCCACCCUCUGGGUCAGCAGUGUCAGCAGGAGGAGGUAACACCUCUGCCGUUUCCCCCAGCUCCGUCAGUGGCUCUGCCGCAGCCAAUCUCCAGCCUCCUUCUGCUCAGUCCCAGCAAGUUGCUUUAACCCAUACAGUUGUUAAACUCAAGUGUCAGCACUGUAACCAUCUGUUUGCCACAAAACCAGAACUUCUUUUCUACAAGGGUAAAAUGUUUCUGUUUUGUGGCAAGAUUUGCUCUGAUGAAUACAAAAAGAGAAAUAAAGUUAUGGCAAUGUGUGACUACUGUAAACUGCAGAAAAUUAUAAAGGAGACUGUACGAUUCUCAGGGGUUGAUAAGCCAUUCUGUAGUGAAGUUUGCAAAUUCCUCUCUGCCCGUGACUUUGGAGAACGAUGGGGAAACUACUGUAAGAUGUGCAGUUAUUGUUCACAGACAUCCCCUAAUUUGGUAGAAAAUCGAUUGGAGGGCAAGUUAGAAGAGUUUUGUUGUGAAGACUGCAUGACCAAAUUUACUGUUCUGUUUUAUCAGAUGGCCAAGUGUGAUGGUUGUAAACGACAGGGUAAGCUAAGUGAGUCCAUAAAAUGGCGAGGAAACAUCAAACAUUUCUGUAACCUAUUUUGUGUCAUGGAGUUUUGUCAUCGUCAGCAAAUUAUGAAUGACCCUCUGUCACAAAAUAAAGUAAAUAUUUCUAAGGCACAAACUGCUUCAGUGGAGCUCCCUUCUGCAAGGACAAAUACAAUACCAGUUAUAACCAAUGUGGUGUCAUUGGCAAAAAUAUCUCCUGCCCAGCUCACAGAGAAUGUUGUUUUAAAAGGUGCAGUUAAUACUAAAGAGGCAGCAAAGAUCAUUGAAGAUGGAAGUACACAGACAGAUGCCAUGAAACUUCUGUCUUCCCAGUCUUUGAAGCUUUUAAAGAACAAAGCAUUAUUGUGCAAACCCGUCACACAGACCAAGGCCACCUCUUGCAAACCACAUACACAACACAAGGAAUGUCAGACAGAUUUAUCUAUGCCUAAUGAGAAAAAUGAUGCGGAACUUGAUUCUCCACCUGCAAAGAAAAAAAGAAUAGGUUUUUUCCAGACUUAUGAUGUGGAAUAUUUAAAAGUUGGUUUUAUUAUCUGUCCGGGAUCAAAAGAAAGCUCACCAAGACCACAGUGUGUCAUCUGUGGAGAAAUUUUAUCCAGUGAAAACAUGAAGCCAGCAAAUCUUUCUCAUCAUUUGAAGACAAAGCAUUCAGAAUUAGAAAACAAACCAGUAGAUUUUUUUGAACAAAAAUCUCUUGAAAUGGAAUGUCAAAACAGUGCUUUAAAAAAGUGUUUACUAGUUGAAAAGUCACUUGUGAAAGCUUCUUAUUUAAUUGCUUUCCAAAUUGCUGCCAGCAAAAAGCCAUUUUCCAUUGCUGAAGAAAUAAUUAAACCAUAUUUAGCAGAAAUGUGUUCAGAAGUUUUGGGUUCCAGUGCUGGAGACAAAAUGAAAACCAUUCCUCUUUCUAAUAGUACAAUUGGACACAGGAUUGAUGAACUAUCUGCAGACAUUGAAGAUCAGCUGAUUCAGAAAGUCAGAGAAUCAAAGUGGUUUGCCCUUCAGAUAGAUGAGUCAUUAGAAAUCUCAAAUACAACCCUUCUUUUGUGCUAUAUUCGUUUCAUUGAUUAUGGUUGUAGUGAUAUAAAAGAAGAAUUAUUAUGUUGCAUUGAAAUGCCUUCUCAGAUGACUGGUUUUGAAAUAUUUGAACUAAUAAAUAAAUAUAUUGAUAGUAAAUCUCUGAACUGGAAGCAUUGUGUUGGUCUCUGUACAGAUGGGGCUGCAAGCAUGACUGGUAGGUGUUCUGGUUUAAGGGCAAAAAUUCAAGAAGUUGCCAUGAAUACAGUGGCAUUUACACAUUGUUUUAUUCACCGUGAACAUUUAGCAGCAGAAAAGUUGUCUCCGUGCUUACAUGAAAUUCUUAUGCAGUCAGCACAAAUUUUAAGUUUUAUAAAGAGCAAUGCGUUGAAUUCACGAAUGUUAACAAUUUUGUGUGAAGAGAUGGGGUCUGAGCACGUGAAUUUACCACUUCAUGCUGAAGUACGUUGGAUAUCAAGAGGGAGAAUUUUAACAAGAUUAUUUGAAUUACGACAUGAAAUUGAAAUAUUUUUAAAUCAAAACCAUUCAGAUUUGGCCAAAUAUUUUUUUGAUGAGGAAUGGGUUGCAAAGCUGGCCUACUUAUCAGAUAUUUUUUCACUUAUAAAUGAACUAAAUUUAAGUCUCCAAGGAUCUAUGACUACUCUCUUCAAUUUGUAUAAUAAAAUCGAUAUACUUAAGAAAAAGUUAAAAAUGUGGUUGAAGCGCAUGGAAGAGAAUGAUUAUGACAUGUUCCCUUCAUUUUCUGAAUUCUCAAACUCAUCAGGCUUAAAUAUGAGCAGUAUUGCAAGCAUUAUUUUUGAGCACCUGGAAGGACUUUCUCAAAUGCUCAAUGACUGUUACCCACCAGAAGAAGACUUGUGUUCAGGAAAUUUGUGGAUAAUUAAUCCUUUUAUGAAUCACCAAAAUAGUAAUCUCACGGACUUCGAAGAAGAAAAACUAGCACGGUUAUCGUCAGAUUUAGGAUUACAAUCAGUAUUUAAAUCAAUGUCUGUAACUCAGUUUUGGAUAAAUGCAAAGGCAAGUUACCCAGAACUCCAUGAAAAGGCACUGAAAUUUUUAUUGCCUUUUUCAACUAUUUAUUUAUGUGAUGCUACAUUUUCAGCUUUGACUGAGUCAAAACAAAGAAAUCUGUUGGUUUCUGGCCCUGCCCUACGACUUGCAGUCACAUCUUUAAUUCCGAGGAUAGAAAAAUUAGUAAAGGAGAAAGAAUAGUAAUGUGCAUAUUGCUUAUUAUCAAAGUCUAUACUUUUGUGUUAAAUUUUGUAUGAGAUAAGUAUCCUAAAAUAUAAAUUCCUAAUGUGGCUGUGUGUUCUCGGUGAUUA